AUGUCUGACAAAGUCAAUACUACAAGCUACAACUCCAUCGAAAUCUUGACCGGUUCAAACUAUCUAAAGUGGAAAGAAGAGCUGGAAAUCUCACUAGGGCUAAUGGACUAUGAUAUAGCUCUAAAAUGGGAUGCACUUAAGGAACCUGCUGCAGAUGCAACUGCAGAUGUCAAAAGGAAAUAUGAAAGAUGGGAAAAAGCCAACAGGAUGGGUACAUUGAUUAUGCUGAAAACCAUGACACCUUCUUUAAGAGGAAGUAUUCCAAGAUCAGAUUGCGCCAAAGAUUUUCUUGUUGCAAUUGGUCAGAAAUUUAAAGAAUCUGAUAAAGGAGAGAAAGGUGUCCAGCUGAACAAAUUUACUGAGAUAAAGUAUGAUGGGCGAGGAGGUCCAAAUCCUUCAUCAACUGGUCAACAGCCUCUCUGUCCUCAUCCAGCUCCAACUCAGUCGAUUGUCAGAUCUUCAGUCUCUCCAUAG